CGAUACACGUGAUAUCUCGCGUUCGUUUUAUCUCCGUAUCUCAAUUCGGGUACGUUUAAAAUAAUUAUUUAUUAUUUAAGGAGUUAUAUACGAAAUGUAAGUGUAUGCUAUUUUGAAAUUUUGAACGUGCACUGUAUGCAGAUUGUACCUAAUUAAACACGAGCUAUCGUCAAGCCACCUGACAACGAGUAUAAGUAAAAAUUAUCAUGUGAUUCAUUAAUCCUUAUUUUGUACCAGUAAUCCUUUGCCAAUUAUAUUGCUGGUUUUGUCUCAUUAAAACGGACAAUGGGAGAGAAGAAUUGGAAAGAUUGGAGACCUUUUGUAUAUGGAGGUUUAGCUUCAAUUAUUGCAGAAUUGGGUACAUUUCCUCUGGAUACAACAAAAACACGUUUGCAAGUACAAGGCCAGAAGUAUGAUCAAAAGCUUGCACGUUUGAGAUAUUCUGGCAUGACAGAUGCUUUAUUGCAAAUAUCUAAGCAAGAAGGAUUAAAAGGACUAUAUUCUGGAAUCAGUCCUGCUAUUUUGCGGCAAGCGACAUAUGGAACUAUUAAGUUUGGGACUUAUUAUUCCUUAAAAAAAGCUGUAACUGAUAAAUGGACAACUGAUGAUUUAGUAGUAAUAAAUGUUAUAUGUGGAGCAUUAGCUGGAGCUAUAUCAAGUGCUAUUGCUAACCCCACUGAUGUUAUAAAAGUUCGUAUGCAAGUCACUGGCAAUGAAGCAAAUAUGUCUCUAUUUGCCUGUUUCAAAGAUGUGUAUAAACACGAAGGUAUUCGUGGGCUUUGGAGGGGUGUUGGACCAACUGCUCAACGAGCGGCUGUUAUUGCAGCUGUAGAGUUACCUAUAUAUGAUUAUACCAAGAGUAAAUGUAUGAAUAUAUUGGGAGAUAGCGUUAGUAAUCAUUUUGUAUCGAGUUUUGUAGCUAGCAUGGGGAGCGCUGUAGCUUCGACACCUUUGGACGUCAUUCGUACACGAUUAAUGAAUCAAAGGAGAGUGUGCAUUGCUGGCAAUAAACUCCCUUCACAUAUUUACAAUGGUAGCAUAGACUGUUUGGUUCAGACGAUUAAAAAUGAAGGAGUUCUAGCACUAUACAAAGGUUUCGUCCCAACAUGGUUUAGAAUGGGACCAUGGAAUAUUAUAUUUUUCAUUACCUACGAACAAUUAAAGCAACUGGAUCAUUUGUGAUGUAACGAGAUAUUAUGUCAAAAUAUUCAAAUUCUUCAUUAAGAUAAGAUUCGAAAGUGCAUUCUAAUGUGAACAUUAUUUAAUGUUCUGACCUAACAAUCUCAGUUAUGUGUGAAUCAUCAUACGUGAAAGUAAUAUGUUAAUAUGUUAACCAAGUUACCUUGGUACGAAAUAACUACACAACUAAAAAAAAUGAAGUAUCUUUCAGCAUUAAUAGAAUCAGGGUUCAAGUCAAAUUAAAAAACAGAAAGUAAUUAGAAAAGUCGAAGAGCUUCCUAAAGUACAAGCUUCCGCAAGAGGAAUUUUUACUAGUUGAUAUUUUUAGUAAAAUAUUAGUAAAAAUAUUAGUAACAAAAACAAGAUUCUUUACAAAACUUGUUGCAGAUUCGUUCUCUGUUAUCUCCAAAGAAACAUACAAAUUCGAAAGAGCUUGUAUACCAAAAUUCUUAGUAAAAUGUAUAGUGACAACAAGGCUUUAGAACAAUAUGUAUAGAUAUAAAAAUUAAAUGUUCCUGUUUGAUCUAUCGCAAUAUUUUGUGUAAUACUAGUCAUUGCUAUUAGCAUGCACAAAUAGUGUUGAUUCCUCUUCCAGUAUUUUUAUGUAGCAUUUACAGUUGUAUCUUUAGCACACACUAGUCAUAUUAAGAGUUUUCAAUAAAGCCAAUACCAAAUGCGAGCAAAUCCAUCCAUUGCUAUUAAUACUGUAAAUUAAUCAAUCCAUUUCUUAAAAUUUCAAUUUGUAUACAAUAUGUCACAUCAUGAGAGCUUAGAUGUGACAUUAAAUUUGAAUUCUUUAUGCACCAAUUAUACAAAAUGAUGUAAAUACUUUCGUCUUGUGUAUAAUUUCCUCUAGGAUAAAUGGACUUAUGUUCGGUGGUACAAAUAUUUAUGAUAUAUUUAGUAUUU